CGAACACUUUAUAGUCAAGCACAAAGCCCAACCAAGACGGGCUUGAUUAUAAGUUUUGCUUGUGCCAAGCAGCAUCAACGCUUUAUCAAGCAUGAAGCGGAAGAUAGUUAUACAGGUGCCCCUGAGCUGUGAGAGUUGCAGAAGCAAGGCCCUGAAAAUCGCGUCAAAGGCUACAGGUCGGGUGAAUUCGGUGGCGCUAGAAGGAGCAGAUAGGGAUCGAGUGGUGGUGGUCGGAGAAGAUGUGGAUUCGGUGUGUUUGGCUAAGGAUUUGAGGAAGAAGUUCGGCCAUGCCACCAUUGAAAGUGUGGAAGAAGUGAAAGAGAAGAAAGAAGAAAGGAAAGAAGAGAAGCCUCAAGAAUUGCCUUGCUGUUAUUAUUGGCCUCCAUGUCCCCCUUGCCCCCCCUACGUUAUUUGUGAAUACCCUGUUGACAAUGGUAGUUGCACCAUCAUGUGAUUGGAGAGAUCAGAUUCAGAUAACUUUCUCGUAUAUUAUGAGUGCCAAUAUAAUUGAGUUCAAUCUGUAAGUUUUCAUUCUGCGCACAAAUAAGAAGAUUGUGUAAAUCCGUGUUCAUUUUUUUCUUGGAAGGAAUGAA